AGUACUGACCACCAACCUAGACUCAGUACUGACCACCAACCUAGACUCAGUACUGACCACCAACCUAGACUCAGUACUGACCACCAUCCUAGACUCAAUACUGACCACCAUCUGUAGGGACCCUAACUCUCUGUAGGGACCCUAACUCUCUCCUCCUCCCCUCUGUAGGGACCCUAAUACCAUCUUCAGAGGGAACUCUCUAACGUCUAAGUGUAUCGAUGAGACCAUGAAGCUGGCUGGGAACCACUACCUCCAGGUCACCUUGAGAUCCAUGAUAGAUGAAAUCUGUACGGACCACAAGCCCUGUGAGAUCGACCCGGUGAAGCUCAAAGAGUCAGAAAACCUAGAGACCAACAGGGAGAACCUGCGUCAGUAUGUCGACCGGAUCUUCAACAUGAUCACAACGUCAGGCGUGCGUUGUCCCACCGUCAUGUGUGACAUUUUCUUCUCACUCAGAGAAUCUGCUGCAACACGUUUCCAAGGUAACCAACUAUACCACCAAAUCCUGUAGAGUGGUGACCUCUCCAUUUCUCUG